GCGGGUUUGCAACGCUGGAGUUGCUCUGAGAAAAUCAACAGAAAACAAGGUGGGGGUUUGGGCUCUCGUCGGGGUUUCAUUCAUCACUCUUUUGAGCAAAAAAUACCCAAAACAUUUUCCCUUCAUCAUCCACGCUUCUCUCUGUAAUUUGAGUUUUCCGCAGAUUUCCUGAAAUCCGAAUUGGAAUCAGCAAAAAGAGAAAAGCUUUGAAGCGAAUUCAAUAUGAAGACGACGAAGGGAGGGAAGGUGAUGAACCCUACGGACGCUUACCGGAAGGAGCUCCGGAAGAAGGAUUUGAAACGGAAUAAAAAAGAACGAAAGAAGGUGAGAAAGGUGGGGAUCUUGAAGAAGGAUCCUGAGACUCUGAAGGAGCAGAUUGAUAAGCUUGAACUGAUGACCAGAUCAUGCUGCUUUUCUUGUUCAUACACACUGAAGUAUUUCAUUAAUUGGCGCAGAGGCCAAUGGCGCUCUUGACAAAGCAAGAAAACACAAGAAGAGGCAACUAGAGGAUACACUUAACCUUGUUAUAAAGAAGCAGAAAGUAUGAUAUGAGAAGCUAAGAGCUAGGUGAACACAUAAAAUCACUGGAACAAUAAAUAAACCAUUAAAACAACACUUGGUUCAACAUACGAUGAAAUUAAACUUCAUAGCUCUAAGGAAUAUACUUCACCAUAAAGUUGGUGUUCUUAGCUCUAAGGAAUAAUAUACUUCAAAAGUGAUACAUGCAUUUCAUACAAAGUCCUCGACGUUCUUCAUCCUUAAGAUAGCAC